AUGUUGUCUUUCAUCGGCGUGGAACCUGUGGCAAUGGAAGUUCUCUUAGCCAUGAACUGUAUCAUUGUCUCCAUAGUGAUAGGCAUUCUCGGCAUCAUCGGCAACAUCAUCAACAUCAUCAUCUUCACCAGACAAGGAUUCGACGACAGCAUCAACAUAACCCUCAUGGCUCUGGCGAUCAGUGACCUUGGUGCCCUCAUCGCCAGCGAGGUCAUGGCUUUCAUCGCCAACCCUUGGUUCUUGACGUCCAAUUUACCCCUCGUCACGGUGGAGUUUGUACACAUGGUCGCAUUUUACCCCCACAACUACUGUAUUCGCGUCUGCGGGUUCAUCACGGCCUUCGCCGCCUUUGAGCGGUGCCUGUGUGUGUCCAUCCCGCUAAAAAUAAAACAAAUCGUCACCCGGAAAGUGACGUUCCGGGUCAUUAUUUUUAUCUUCCUGAUCACUCUCCUUGACAUGUUGCCUGUUUACUACGUGGCGUAUUUGGAUUGGAUAGUUCUCCCCGGCUCAAACUCUUCAAAACUUGGAAUGGUUUUCCGGGAAAAUCCUUACAACGUGUUUGGAGUCUCGUAUUUAAUCACAGACAUGUUCAUUCCUUAUUUCACUUUUUUUAUAAUCAUCCUCAGUAACGUUAUCAUUGCUUGGAAACUGAAAGCCCGAUACACAUGGAGAAAAUCUAUAACAAAGACACACUCUGAUAAAGGAGAAGGGAUAUCAAAUAAAGAGAAAAAAACAGUUCUAACUCUUGUAGUCGUGUCUAUUAUUUUCAUCGUGUGUCUGAUGCCGCAGUCGGCUGUUCUGACUGUAGUCAGUCAGGUACCAGAGCUUAGCAUCAGGGGAAGUAAGUUUGACCUGACCAUCCUGUGUCUGAGCUUCGCCUACGUGCUGGAGUGCCUAAGCUCCAGUGUCAACAUCGUCGUGUACUACAAGAUGAGUUCAAGGUACCGAGAGACCUGCAUGCUGUUUCUCUCACACAAGUCCUGGCUCAGGAGAAAAAAAUUACAUUUCUAA